AUGGUGACCUUGCUCUGGAAAAACCAAACAAUAGUGGAAUUUGUGCUUAGGGGAUUCUCUUCCAUCCAAGAGGUAAAUAUUUUCCUCUUUAUGAUGUUUUUAGUUUUCUACACUUUAAUUGUUUCUGGAAACAUUCUUAUUGUCCUGCUAGUUUUAUUCAGCCAUCACCUCCACACCCCCAUGUACUUCCUGGUGAACUUGUCCUUUCUGGAGAUCUGGUAUACCUCCAAUAUUGUCCCCAAGAUGUUGCUGAUUAUACUAGCCAAACAGAAGACUAUCUCUGUGGCUGGCUGCCUGGCACAGUUCUACUUCUUCGGAUCCCUGGCUGCAACAGAGUGCCUUUUGCUUGCUGUAAUGUGCUAUGACAGCUACCUGGCCAUCUGCCAACCUUUGCACUAUCCCAUCCUCAUGACUGGCCCCUUCUGCAUUAGGUUGGCUGCCAGCUCUUGGCUCUGCUGCUUCCUUCUCACAGCAAUUACUAUGGUCCUACUGUCUAAACUAACCUUCUGUGGACCCAAUGAAAUUGAUCACUUCUUUUGUGACUUCACACCUCUAGUCCAUCUCUCCUGCAUGGACACCUCACUGACUGAGACCAUUGCCUAUGCCACCUCUUCUGCAGGGACUCUGAUCCCAUUUCUCCUCAUAACAGCUUCCUAUUCCUUCAUUCUUGCUGCUAUCCUAAGAAUUCCUUCUGGCACAGGCCGACGAAAGGCAUUCUCCACCUGGUCUUCCCGCCUCACCACGGCUGUAGUAUUCUACAGGACACUGAUUGCCACAUAUCUUGUGCCCUCAGCCAACUCUUCCCAACUCUUGCGCAAAGGGUUUUUUCUGCUCUAUACCGUCCUGACACCCAUGUUCAAUCCCAUCAUCUAUAGCCUGAGAAACAGAGACAUCCAUGAAGCCCUGAAGAAAUGCUUGAAUAAGAAGCCAAGUUUCCUUAGAUAA